GUUCCCUCUAAAGCCUGAUAAUCAGCCUCACUCAGAUACGUACACACAGACACUAGUUCAACCACAGCCUUUAGAAGAUGUGCCCCCUGCUGCCAUUCUGACCGGAUCACCAACAGGCUUAAUCAGCCCCAUCUUCAUCUGUGAUGCCAGCUAGAAUCCACAGUCAACCACCAGGGAUCCAAGAGGAGCACGCUGUCAUUCAAAAGAUUAUAGUCCGGCACUGAGAACGGAAUCCACCAGGGAUCUAACACCUACAGGCCAGGGGUGGUGUUCUGAGAGGCUGGGACUGUGAAGAAAACUCAGAGCUGUACAAAAGAAGGUCCUUAGAGGCUGGUACUGUGAAGGAAACUUGGAGCUGUACAAAAGAAGGUCCCUAGAGACUGGGACUGAGUCCUGGUGUCUGGUUGAGGUUGUAGUGAUGCAGUUGCAGAUGCCUUGUUUGUGGAGGUGGAUGGUUCUGCUCUGGGCAACGUUACUCCUCAGUCCCCAUAGAGCCACAGGGAAUCCAUUCAUCUUUCUAGAAGGUGACGUGUCUAUGGAGGAUGGGUCUGGGAACCCUGGUUUAGACCAAACUAUCAGAGGAGGAAAUGGGAACCCAUGUCUGGUAGGCCAAGAUGUGUUUUCCACUGUCAAAGAGAACAGCAUGAUGGGAGAAUUCAUCGCUGAGUACAACACAGACCUUACAGGCAAUGAUGUCGUCUGGACCCUCACUGGGGAGGAUGCUGAUUGGUUCUUCCUGGAAGGACGGAAAAUCAGACUCAAUGCCUCAUUGGACAAAGUUCUGGACCGAGAGGUGCAGGGCCCAGUCCUAACAGCAGCGUUGACCUGCUUUGAGGAGGACACUGUGCAGAGUGAGUACAGGAUCAUGGUGGAGAUACUAAAUGAGAAUGAUAACACUCCUGAAUUUGUGGAGAGCACAAUUCAGCCUCGGAGCAUCAGUGAGCUAGCUGAGGUGAAUACAGUGGUGCUGACAGUCCAGGCUACAGACGCAGAUGACGACACCAUCAUGUACUACAUCGACCAGACCUCGCCUGAUGCUGCUUAUUUCAGAGUGGAUCUCCCUAAUAGUGGAGAGGUGAUUCUAGCCAAGCCUCUGGACUAUGAGACCAAAACACAAGUGGAGAUAACUAUAUAUGCUUUGGAGAUGAACACGGCUGAAAAGUUCAACACUAGUGCAAACCUGACUGUGAAUAUCUUGGACGGAGACGACCAGUACCCACAAUUCCUUCCGUGCACGCCGCUCUCCAACAACCAGUCAAAUGGUGUCUGCACCAACCCUGUCUACACGGUUAACAUCACAGAAGACCAACAGGACAUUCUUCUGGACUUCUCUCCUGGACCAAUCAAUGCUGUGGAUGGAGACAGAGGCCUCAGCUCACCUGUCAGCUACAGCAUUCUUUCAGGGGCUGAUAAUGGCCGUUUUGUGAUGGAUGAGCUGACAGGGGAAAUGCGCCUGAUAAGAGGAGUAGAGAACAGAUUACAGACACCCACACUUCUUCUACGGGUCAUGGCGUACCAGAGGAAUGACCCCAGGAAGUAUUCGGUUGCUACAGUUGUGGUCCGUGUGGUGGCUGUCAACUCCUUUCCUCCCCAGUUCAAUCGUGCUGAAUACCGGGGCUUUGUCACCGAAGGCAAUAGCCCUGCCUCACUGGUCAACACAUAUGGAAACACUGUGCUUCUACUGAAGACCCAGGACCGGGACUUCUCUGAUGGGAUCAAUCCCAAGAUGCACUACUCCCUCAGAUUCACAUCCAAUCACACACAGUUCUUCCACAUCACACAGGAGGGCCUUCUGAUUGCAAAGACCAAUCAGCUACGGCCAUCACAGAAACAUUCUCUGAUGGUAGUAGCGGUGGAUUUGGAGUCAGGUGACAUGGCCACUGCUCUGGUAAAGGUGGAGGUGCUUUAUGAAGGACAAACAGUCCCUCAGGGCCCAUUAGGGGAUGAGCGUCCACGUGGUAGCUGUGCAGUCGGCAAGGCUAUGGGUGUGGUCAUCGUGGGGAUGACUCUGUUAGGCUGCGCCCUGUAUGCGCUGCAGCAUGCCCUUCGGACGUACAAAGGACUGAAGGACCCAGAGGACAGGGGCUGCAUAGCCCAGGGGAAACAUCCCAACGUGAGGUUACAGUGGUUCCAGCUGGUGAGUCACAGCACUCCCGUUCCUGUACUGGAUGAGGUGAAAUUUAAAAAGGAUAGUCUGAGUACAUCCACGUCCAAGCUACUGGGCAGCCAGAGCAUCUACACCCCUUCAGACUCUGACCCUUCUCCACUCAAUGCUGUACCUAUAGCUGCACCCCCGACAACCUGCAUCCAGAAUAGACUACCCAUCACCACUCCCACAGACCCCAGUCACGGCCCUGUUUCACCCAACUCAACCCAGACACCUGCUAAAACAGCCACCUCUGAAGCAGCCACAACAUCCAUUCAACCUUUGGGCAGUUCCAACUCUAGCACCCUGAAACACAACUCACCAAUCCUGGAUCAGAUGGACACAACUAUACCUACACGCCGCUCCCCUAUUUUGGAUUGGGUAGAAGGGACAGCCCGUCAUACCUCACUCACUCAACCAAAGAUAGACACCCCUUCACCUCCUCCAAUGCCCAUUGACUCACCCCCUCACCCCACACCUCCUCCUACCUCACCUACCACAUCUCACCCUCUCUCAAAUACUCUAGGCCCCAUACACACCCCUGGGUGUGCAGGAGAUACCCACACACCAUUACCUACUCUACCCAGUCCAGAGCUGGACAAGGCAGGGACACCCCCACCUAAAGCCACGGCAGGCAAGGCACACACACUUGUACGAACCACACCCUCCCCAGAGUUGGUAGGACCACCAGGGUCCGCGGGGGAGCGUAGACCCUCCACAAACAGCCCAGAGACAGCCUCCAUCGGAGAUGAUGACUGCUUCCUGGGGGACGAAGAGGCCAUCAGGACCAGUGAUGAGGACGAAGAGCUGGUGAGACUCCAUUCUCGACUACAGCCCACGUUCCUGAUAACAGACUAUGACAGUGACGUCCCUAUUCAGAUCCACACCAGCAGUGGCGUGGAGGAGACUGGAGACACUGAAAGAGUGGAGGCAGACAGGGAACGAACGGAGGGAGACAAGGGAGUGGUAGAGAGAGACAGGGAUAUUGUGUAAAGAAAGGCGUGGGGGGGGUGUUGAGAUGGAAGCAGACAGUUUGAGAAGGGGGAGUCAAUCAUCUCGACCCUGUGACCCAGAACAGGGGGAAUCUGUGGGCUAAAGAAAGGAGUGAUAGCUAAUAGCCCAGACAUACUCUGUUACGUCACUAUUUAAAUCAGAUUCUCCCUGUUGGGCUGCUAAGGCUAAAGAUAUAGGGACACCCUAAAACACAAACACAGGAGUGCACUUUUGAGAUCUAAGCUGCACUCCUCUUGGAACAUAGGCUUAUGACUUGUCUUGGUUGUGUUACUGUGUUGCUAAUGUUCUUGUCUACUAAAAUGGUUUAAUAAGGGGCACACUGUACAACUACAGACAAAUAAAUACUGUACACAUCACAAAUCUGCUCAUUGUCAACCCCUUUAAUUAUUCUUAUUUAGUAUAGUAACAUAAAACACCCCAGUGAUGUUUUGUCGUUUGCAUUGUUUUUCCACAGCAUUUCUGUGAAGUUGAUGCUCAAGAAGAUGACCAGAAUUAAUAUGCUUCAACAACUUUUUCAGUCUGUCUCUUUGUAUCAGUAAAGUAAUUAUACGACCAAAGGACUGGUGAUGGGAGUUAUGGUUCUUACACACACACACAUAUACACACACACGUUCCCUAAGCUCAAACCCCUACCAUAAAUUUCACCUUCACCUCAACACUAACUUCUAUGCCUAAAUGUAACCUAGCCAUAAUGCUAAACCAGGCCUAUAACGCCUAACCCUAAACUUAAACCCAUUAAGACCAGUUGUACAUUUUAUUCUGAACCUAAGCUCUUAGAUCAGGCCAUGAUAUUCUAGGCCCGGCAAAAUUAUAUAUAUAUAUAUAUAUUUAUUUUUUUUAUAAGGGAUGGAAGCCAACUUAAAUCAGUAACUCCUCAAAACUCAUCGAUCUAAUCAAAUGGCUUGUUGGGUGGAGCUAUAAAAGACCCUCACUACAUUAGGGUCAUGGCUAGGAGGGAUAUGGUUAUGUAACAUCAUACUCUCUGGACUCCAGCUGAGCUAAAAUGUAGUUUCAUUGACAAAAUUACAUACAAUUUAAUUCAGUAGAUAUUACCUUUAUUUUCAAGUUAAUAUAUAUUGAAUUAGUUCCUCAAAAUUACACAAAUUAAGAACAUGUCUCAAAAAUGAUUUCAUGAAUCUUGAUUUGAUGUUGAAUAUUUUAUGUGCAUUACAUGCUUUAUCAGAUAUGGUUAAACAAUGUUCUCAACUGUCCGAUAUUAACUUUUUGUGAACUGCAGGCAUUACACUAGUGUUAUCAACUCAGAUGGAUAUCUGUGGUCUUGUCAUUGAAUGUCAGUUUUCUGAUGGUUUUGCUUAAUAAAAAUAUUCAAAUGUCAUAUACUUUUUUCAAACAUGUUUCCAGAAUGUGUAAAUUAUCAUAAAAUGGACUAAUGCUGAAUUACCCACAAUCCUAUAAAACCAGGACCACAUGUUGCUGGGAAAAUUUUAAAUACCGCCCCCUAGAAUAAACAACAAAUAUUAUCUUUCUUUGUUAUAUACUCAGAAAACGUGUUUACGUUUGAUUUGUUUUGAACUUUUUUAGUAAAAUU